AUGCUAUCAUUGCUAAUACAAUCAAUAGUGGCAGCAUCAUCCAAUGACCAGGAGUUGGGUUCAGAUGGCCGACCAUUGGCCAAGGCGGCGACUUUUCAUUUUCCCGAAUAUGCCUACAAGGAGACAAGUAAGAAUGAAAUAACCUAUCAUGACUUUGAGGUAAACUGUGAACAACAUGUUGCUUGCGAGACAUUGGAGGGUGUUAAACGCAAGGCCUGUGUGCGACGUUGCAUUUCGUAUUCUUGUUAUCAGGAUAUUUAUGCAUUUGAUGAUCUCGAGGAAGGUGAAAUAGAUGUACGCCUGAAUUCGUUUAAAGGCUGUGUCAUCCAAAGAUCGGGCAACACAAAUCGCCGUGCCACAUAGCACAGAGCUUUGGCUGUGCGUUUUGAUGAAUUCAUGCAUGAACUGCAUUGGAAAUUUACGAAUUUACUUAAGCACUUUACGUAGGAGACAGUAUUAAUUGUGAUUAUUUCAUUAAUUAUGAUUUUAAUGUAGCGGCA